AUGCUCUCCGGGGCGCGGGAGGGCGGCCGGCUGGAAACUUCGCCGGCGCCCCGCGUCCCUUUUGCACAGGAGGAGGAGGAGGCGGGCGAGGCGGAGGCCCCCGAGGAGCGGGUGGUGCUGCGGGCGCGGGGCCCCGGCGCCUCUCCUCCUCCGGUGCCGCCGUCGGGGGCGUCGGGGCCGUCCUCGCUGGCGCUGUCGGCGGAGCAGGUGGCGUGCGUGUGCGAGGCGCUGGAGCAGGGCGGGCACCUGGAGCGUCUGGCGCGCUUCCUGUGGUCGCUGCCGGCGGGCGGGCGGCUGGGCGGGCACGAGAGCGUGCUGCGGGCGCGCGCGCUGGUGGCCUUCCACCAGGGGCUGGACGCCGAGCUGUUCGGCAUCCUGGAGGGCCACAGCUUCGCGGCCGCCAGCCACCCGCGGCUGCAGGAGCUGUGGUACCAGGCGCGCUACCGCGAGGCGGAGCGGGCGCGCGGCCGGCCGCUGGGCGCCGUGGACAAGUACCGGCUGCGGCGCAAGUUCCCGCUGCCGCGCACCAUCUGGGACGGCGAGGAGACGGUGUACUGCUUCAAGGAGCGCUCGCGCAACGCCCUCAAGGAGCUCUACCGCCGCAACCGCUACCCCUCGCCCGCCGAGAAGCGCGACCUGGCCCGCCUCACCGGCCUCUCCCUCACCCAGGUCAGCAACUGGUUCAAGAACCGACGGCAGCGGGACCGCAACCCCGCCGAGCCCCAGGCCAAGAGUGAGUCGGACGGUAACCCCAGCACCGAAGACGAGUCUAGCAAGGGGCAGGAAGACUUAUCGCCGCACUCGCUCACCAACGCGUCUGAUGGCGUCACCAGCUUAAGCCUUCCUAGCCACAUGGAGCACGUGUACAUGCAACAGCUCGGAAACACCAAAAUCUCGUUAAGCUCUUCGGGAGUUUUGCUGAACGGGAACUUAGUGUCCGCCAGCCCCUCUCCUGUUUUUCUGAACGGUACUUCUUUCAUCCAGGGUCCCAACGGGGUCAUUCUCAAUGGACUCAACAGCGGGGCCUCGCAAACGGUAUCUUUAAAUCAACCUAAAACCUCUCCGGGAGCUUUGAGCAAUGGGGUUCCCAUGGCCGACCUCUUAGCAUCCUCUUCCGAAGACGUGAAAGACUUCAAACUCCUCCAGACGUCCAUGCCCGGCUCGGCCGCGUCCUCCUCCACCACCACCACCACGUACAGCCCCACUUCUGCGGCUGCCUCUUUCCCGGGUUUGAUCCCGAGCAUGGAGGUGAAGAAGGAAGAAAGCGAGGAAGCCAUUGCUCCUCAAGAUGGCGGCUCCAUGGUUACUUUUACGGGCCCCAUCCAGAUAAACCAAUAUGGCAUUGUCCAGAUCCCCAAUUCGGCAACAAACGGCCAGUUACUUAAUGGAGGGAUUGGGUUUUCGUCUCUGCAGCUGCCGCCGGUUUCAGUGGCCUCUUCCCAAGGCAAUAUUUCAGUCAACCAGAGUUCAUCCGACGGGGCCAUUUUCACCAGCGACUCCACAUCCGGGCAACAUGGGAAGGUGUUUUUCAGCUCUCUGGCUCCUGGCGCGGUGGUGUACACAGUCCCCAACUCAAACCAGGCGCUUGGACCAGUCAAACAGGAAGGCCUGCAAACCAGCCUCGUGUUUUCCCAAGUCAUGCCACUCGGUCAGAACGGCCCGCUCCACGAAAGCUUGCCUUCGGACAGCCUGCCAGGCGGGGGCCUCCCGGCAGGAGCCUCCUCAUUAGUAAACGUGACGCUGUCGCCUAAUUUUUCUCUAGCGCCGCCCACUCUCUUAACCGCUGAGGAGCUUCGCUCUGGCGUGCCCGAGAGCUCGCCCCUGCCGUCCCCCGCGACCAGCGGGGCCGCUGUUGUUUCUGUCAGCGACGCCAACUACGCGACCCUUCAGAACUGCCCCCUCGUCGCCAGCCACGACCUGAUGUCCAUUUCCGCGACGGCCCUGGAAGGGGUCAGCCCCGACGCGCGCAAUCACGCCGAACACCCCCCAGUACAAGUUCACCCCAGCUUCAGCAGAGAGCAGCGGCUACUUUUGCAGUCGAUGCCUCACGUAAAGGGUACCUUCUUUGCUGACGCCGACGGCAAAUCCGCCAGCAGCUUAAUGAUGCUGGAUUCGAAAACCAAAUACAUUAUGAGCAAUAUGGUGGACGCGAUCUGCGAAGAGCUGGAAACGGACAAGAAGGAGCUUGCCAAACUCCAGACGGUACAGCUGGACGAAGACAUGCAAGAUUUGUAA